CUUGACAAUGACUCAAUAUGUCAAUAAGAAAAUAAGUAUAAUUAAUAUGAUUACAAAUUAAAAGUUUAAACGUGCUUCACACAAAAAGUCAAUUGUGAAUUCUAGAACUUGAUUCUAAACUAAUCGUGUUGUUAUUAAGUAGAAUACGUCGUAACAUAGCUGACUUGGCAGACUAGUCGUCUAUAAUUGAAAACAACGCAAUAUGUUCUCAGUUUUCGAAAUAUGUGAAGAGAGGCAGAAAAGCGACAAAGUGGUCGGAAAAUCUAAGCAUCAUGAUGCCCUGUUCCAUGAUCUGAUGGAAGAAUGUAAACACAGUGCUCCCGGAGCCAGACUGUCUGCUAAAGUGCGCACAGCUCUUGAGAGGUUGCGGCCGGCCGAGAGGCGCGAGCUGGUGUCGCGCACGCAUGACGGCUGCGCGCCGCUGUUCGUGGUGAGCGGGCGCGGCAACGCCGAGGUGGCCGAGUACCUGGUGCGGGCGUGCGGCGCGCCGCUGGAGCAGCGCGGCGUGUACGAGCUGGCCGACGACCGCUGCGCGCACCGCGUCACGCCGCUGUGGCUGGCGGCCGUGGCGGCGCGCCUGCCCGUGCUGCGCGUGCUGCUGGCGGCCGGCGCCGACGUGGACGCCGCGUCCGACUCGGGCUCCACGCCCGUGCGCUCGGCCUGCUUCAUGUCGCACCUGGACGUGGUGCGCCUGCUGGUGUCGCGCGGCGCCGACAUCCACCGCGCCAACCACAACGGCGGCACGUGCCUCAUCAACGCCGUGCAGUCGCACGCGCUGCUCGCCUUCCUGCUGCGGCGCGGCGCGCGCGUGGACGCGUGCGACACGCAGCGCAAGACGGCGCUACACUACGCCGUGCAGGAGCAGCGGCUAGAGAGCGCGCGCCUGCUGCUUCGCCACGGCGCCUCGCCGCACCUGCGCUCGUGCCACGGCGACGACGCGCUGCGCACCGCCGCGCUGCGCCGCUCCACCCAGAUCGUGUCGCUGCUGCUGGAGACGGUACCGUACGGCGCGGCGCAGCGGGCCGACGCGCUCGAGCUGCUGGGAGCCACGCACCUGGACGAGUUCAACGACGUGUGCUCCGCGCUGAGCUGCUGGCGCCAUGCCACCGCGAUCCGGGAGGCGGGCGGCGGCUACGUGCCCAAGACGGCCUCCGAAGACGUGGGCGAGGAGGAGCCGCGCGGGCUGCGGGGGGAGGGCUCGCGGGCGCUGGGCAGCGCGGUCGAGUGGCGCGCGGCCAAGGACCUGGAGAAGCUGGCGCACGACGUGGACGGGCUGCGGGCACAGGCGCUGCUGGUGGCGGAGCGGGUGCUGGCGCCCGCGCACAAGGAGCUCACGGCCAGGAUCAUGUACCGUGGAUAUUCUUACGUGGAGGCAUCCGAGUACCAGCGCGGUAUUGAUCUGUGGACGUGGGCGCUGCAGCUGAGGAGCACCAGACACACGCUGCUGUACGCAGACACGAGCGUGACGUUGACGGCCCUGACCCGCCUGCUGCUGGACGUGGCCAGCGGCCGCCUGGAGGGCACGGCGGACCUGCCGCGUCACUGUGACGUGCUGCGCGUGUUCAACCUGCUGGCUGACCAGCUGCCUCAGGCCCGCGCCGCGCUGGCGCCCCGGCCGCAGCACCGGCGGCAGCUGCAGACCUUCGACCUGGCCCUGCGCUGCCUCACGCACGUGCUGCACCUGCUGCUGCGGACGGCGCGCGACGACCGCCAGCGGGACCAGACGGAGGCGGGCGCGCGGCGCGUGGUGCUCCUGGGGCUGCGCUCGGGCCAGACGGGUGACUCGCUGCUGCACCUGGCGGCGUCCAGCCUGAACACGGUGCACACGGCGCUCGCGGCCCGCGGGCUGGCGCCGCAGCGCUCGCCGCGCGUGUUCCCCAGCGAGCCCGUGGUGGCGCUGCUGCUGCGCUGCGGCGCCGACCCGCGCGCGCCCAACGAGGCGGGCUCCACCGCGCUGCACGUCGCCUGCAUACCCUACAAUUUCUCCAACUCGCUGGUGGAGGCGCUGCUGGCGGGCGGCGCGCACCUGGACCAGCUCAACAAGUUCUCCAACUCGGCGGGCGAGCUGCUGGCCCUCAACCGCGCGGCCCGCGUGUGCCCCGCGCGCCACACGCCGCUGGCAUGCCUGGCCGCGCGCGCGCUGCUGGCCGCCUGCCCGCGCGACCUGCCCGCGCCCGUGCGCGCCGCUCUGCCCGCCACGCUCAUGGACUUCCUGAUGCUGCACCGAGAGCCCGCCGCCUGACUCGCGAGCCACACUCGUUUCCAAUAAACAUUCAAUUACAUAUAUUGCAUAAUUAUUUGUUUUAUCAACCAGGUUCGUGCCCGCCCCCGCCGGUCUCUAUGAUUGACAUCUGGCCACUUUCGUGACUUUUGAACGCUUUCUGGACGCUAAAACAAAGUUAAAGAAACACGCAGGACGAUCUAUGCCCGACUUUGGUAAACCUUUUGACAGAGUGGACCUAAAUAGCUGUUAGAAAAUCUCGUGAGGGUUCAAAUGUUAAGGUAGUGUUCGAUGAGAUGAGUCGAAAGUUUCAUAUAUUUCAUAUGCGGGAUACCGCAGGGGUCAAUCCGGGAACCGCUUUUGUUUAUACUGUUUGUUACUGAUCUUCACAAGUGUUCCAAGGUCAUAAAAUUUCUUUAAUAUGUUAUGAAUUUCUUGAAUAUGCACACGACCUCAAAUUUUGUUUUCGACCUCAAGUAUUGGCUUCCUGAUCUGAAAUGAUGCUAUUAUGCAUGUCAAAAACGUUACGUAGCAUUGUACUUAGUACCCGUUCUACUAUAUACAACUUUUUCAGACUGUAUGUAUUUGUCUGUAUGUAUUUUCUUUUUUUAGUUAAAGAAACUAUCAAAACAUCAAUAUGGCUUAAGAUCAGAUAAAUCAACAGGGGCUACAGUAUCAAAUGUGGUAGAAAACUACGUCGACGUAAUUCUGGACCUUGUGAAAGCCUUGGACAUACAGAUUCUACGACUUUAUACCACUACUAUUAGACAAAAUGGUUAUAAAGGUGACAUGCACUUUUAAGCAUUUUCUUACAAACAGACAGCAAAGUGUAAGAAUAGAUAAAUUAAAAAUUACCUUAGCCCGUUCCAUCCAGUAACUUACGGAGUACCCCAGGAGAGUGUCCUCAGUCCUACAAGGUUUCUGAUUUAUGUGAGCAACCUAUGUCAUCUCAAUUCAACUAAUUGAAAAACAUUUAUGUAUGCUAAUUAUUCAUGUCGGUUCUCAAAACAAUGUAUAUCACUUCAAAACAAAUUUUCUGCGUUUAAUGACAUAAUAAUUGUUAGAAAGUCUUCACACAAACACAGGAUGCUGUUGGGUUUGUAAAACGAGAAUAAUAAAAUACCUAGGAGUUGUUAUAGAUAAGACAUUUAUUUGUUAUUAAAUUAUAUUUUAAAUUUAUUUACAUAUCUACCUAUAAUUGUUAUUGAAUUUGCAUAGACUACGGUUGCCUCUGGAAAUAACAUGGCAUUUAAAAUACAAUUACAAUUAUUUUUUCGGAAAUCCAAUAAUCGCACACUAAUACAUAAAUUACAUACAAAAAAUAAAAUAUAUAUCUAAGUGUACAGAUAACUUGCAGGUUUACACAUCAUUCAUUAACUGUUAUCUUUCUUACCAUAUUAUACAAGUUGGAUUACAGUCCUUUAGUUAAAUUACAGUGUAUCAAAUAUGUUAUGUAUCAAGAUAAGAUACAACAGUAUUUACUCAUUAUAUUAUUAAUUUUAGUAUAUUUGUUAUUUUUUUUAGCCCAUCUGCACUAAUGUCCGAGUCUAGUAUUUUAUUUAGGUACUCACUAUAUUCUCUUGACAUUCGCUCGAUUGGAGAAUUUUUGCCGAGGUUUAUUUGUAUUAACUUUUAUUACUGUAAAAAAUUGGGCGUUGGCUUCAAGGGGCAGUACGAUGUACAUUAAUACACAGUUUCGUCAGCAAGUCUGGGCUAUCAAUUAAAUUGUGAAACAGUUUAUGUAAGAACUUAAAGUCUAACAAUAUUCGCCUCUCUUCUUAACGUCUGUAUUUUAAAGAACUCAAGCCGGCUACACUAGGUGUCCAAUAUUCUGGGUGUAUGAAAUUUGUAAGAUAAAUAUCGUAAAAACUGUUUUUUUAAUACUUUCUAUUCUUUUUAUGUGGAUGUUAUAGCAAGUGGACCAGACGUGAAACAAUACUCGAGCUUGCUUUAUUUAAGACAAGAUAUAAUAAGAGUAACUGGCUUAAUAAAAUGCUUUCCUUGUCGCAUCACAAACCCUAGUGUAUUGAGUGCAGAAUUGGCAAUUGUAUCUAUGAACCGUAACUGUUUAUCAUUUGUAAUAAGUACCUAAAGUUCUGAUUUCAUCAGUAGUUGUUAAAGUUAUAUGGGCAAUCUUGUAUUGGUCAGCACGUUGAUAUUUAUUUUUCAUGAAACUGUAAUUGAGAAGCAUUUCUCAGUAUUAAGAUACAUUUUACUAUAUUUACAAAAUUUAGUUAGGUUAUUAAUGUCAUCUUGUAUGUGUCAGCACGUUGAUAUUUAUUUUUCAUGAAACUGUAAUUGAGAAGCAUUUCUCAGUAUUAAGAUACAUUUUACUAUAUUUACAAAAUUUAGUUAGGUUAUUAAUGUCAUCUUGUAGUAAAUGACAAUCAUUUUCAUUUAUUAUGGUUCAGCCUAUUUUUAAGGCAUCGGCAAAUAGAAACAUGUUGCAGUUCUGGAUAGCUUUAGGAAUAUCAUUAUUAAAUAAGUUGUAAAAGCUAUUUUAAAUGCUAAUCACUAUAAAACCAAAUGAAUUUAGUUUAUUUAUGUACCUACCUAUGUAAAGCAUUAAUUAUGUAAAAGCUUAACAUACUAUCGUUUAAAAUAUGUCGAAUAGGUGUUCUUUUUAAUAUUUUUUAUUUAAACUACUACAUUUUUUUUGUGAAGUUACUUUAAAUAGAUUUUAGAAAUGGAAUUACUUACUUCGAAUUACUUUACAAAUGUUAAGUGUAGUCUUUUAAUAUAGUCUUUUUAUAAAUGUAUCUCGCUUUAUAAUCUGCGGCUAAUGUAGAACUGGUUUCACAGUUGAUGUGGCUUGUUAAUUAUACCUAGCUAUAAUAUAAUGUGUUACAUACGUUUUGUUGGUCCCAAUAAAGUAAAAAAAUGUGUUGA